UGUUUCCAGUGAAUAAUGUUUGGAAAUGACCAAAUAAAAUAAUGUUUAAAAUUUUAAAAAGUGAUAUAUUUCCAAGUAAAUAGAGCUGUCUGAUAUGGGGAAAAAAACAACACUGUCUUAAUAACAACUUUAAGAUAGAAGAGUGUCAAAAGCUAGGCAAUUUCGGUUAAGUGACUUGUUCAGAGUCACAGAGCUAGGAAGUGUCUGGGGUCAAAUUUGAACCCAGGUCCUCCUAAUUCUAGGCUUGUUUCUCCAUCCACUGAGCCUCUUAGCUGCUUCCUUAUCUAAGCUUUUUUCAAUUCUUUAUUUUAAAAUAUUUUUCCAUGUUUGCAUGAUUCAUUUUCUUUCCCUCCCCCCUCCCAGAGCCAACAAGUAAUUCCACUGGGUUAUAUAAAUGUUAUCACUUGAUAUCUAUUUCCAUAUUAUUUUUUUUUUGCUACAGAGUGAUCUUUUCAAUCCUAAACCCCAAAUCACAUACCCAUAUAUGCAUGUGCCUUAUCUAAACUUUUAAAAAGACUCUCUUGAUGCUUAGCACAGUGUUCUGCUCACAGCAGGUGCUUCAUGUUUGAUGGAUGCAGAAUGCUUUAAAAUUUUCUCAUUCUUUAAGUUUCUAAAGAGCAAGGUUAUGCUUUUUAAACUUAAUUUUAACAUUAUUAAUCAUAGAAACACAUGAUUACUAUCAUUUUGAUGAUGAUCAUGACCACCUCUUUCCUUUUAUUUUUCACGAAUGAAGAUUUGGAUCCUAUAGCUUCCUACACAUGACAAUUGAGGCACCAUUUCAGGUCAAGUACCUAGAGGGAAAAUGUGUGUUUUUGAGGGGUUUAGUUAUGGACUUUAAACUUGUCACAGGAAUAUUCUACUCUCUGUGGUCUCCCCUGAAAAGAACAAUUCUGAAUUUCCACAUAUACUGUUCUCUGAUUAGAUCUAAGUAGGCAGAGAGGACAUUUUGUAGAGCAAAAGGAAAUACAGGGAAGCCAUUUGUGUAAGACAUCUAAGGCAAUUUGGAGAGUCAGUCUAUAAAAUCUGGUACCGAAUAAUCCUUCCCCUCUAUUUAAGAACUUCUGGGGUGUAGAAAAGGUUUAUUAUUAUAUAAAAAUUUCUGACUGUGUACACUUGGACUAUUCUAGAUGAUUACACAAGAGAGAUUUGCUUAAAUAGUUCACUAAUGAAUAGGCAGAGGAUGAAUAGACUUAAGCAAUGAAAAGCAGGGUAGAAGAGAUACUCAGAAAGUCUUGAGUUCAAAUCUAGAUUCUGAUACUAGCUGUGUGAUAAUAGCAAGGUAUUGAACCCUUCAGAGCUUCAGUAUUUUUAUCUGUAAAGUUGGAAUAAUAACACAUAAAGAGCAACUUGACAAGGUUGUUGUGAGGAUAAAAAAAAGAUGAUGUACAUUUUUAAAAAGCUUAUUUUGGGGCUCUGGGCUUUUAUUUACAAAUAGAAAUGUUUUAUAAGAGAAAACAAAGAGCAUAUGAUACAGUGAUCCCAUCUUGACCAUUGUUUACCCUACUCUGACUGUCUAGAAGAACCACCUAACUAUGCUACCAUUCAGUAGUUUUUAGUUAUUGUCUAACUCUUUAUGACCUCAUUUGGGGUUCUCUUGGCAAAGAUACUGGCAUAGUUUGUCAUAUACUUCUCCAGUUCAUUUUACAGAUGAAGAUAAUGAGGCAAACAGGGUUAAGUGACUUGCCCAAGGUCACCCAGUUACUAAGUGUCUGAGGCCACAUAUGAACCAAUGAAGAUGAAUCUUCCUGACUCCAGGCUCAAUACUCUACACUGCACCACUUAGCUAGCCAGAGACUUCAAAGAUGAUUGUAUAACUUGAUGAAAAAUGCUGAGCUAGAAGGAACAGAGCCAGAAAGUAAGAACUGAGUCAUACAAUUCUUUGCAUAUGUAAGAUCAUGAAGUUAUAUUUUAAAAAAUCUGUUAUCUAUUGAGACAAGAAUUUGUAGUGGAAUCCAUACUGCCCUAGAUUUGAAUCUUGUCUUUGACACUUAUUAGCACUUAUGUGAUGCACAAGCCAAUUUUUUAACUUGUGAGAGCUUCAGAGAGGAAAGCACUAUCUAAGCAUGAGUUAUUUAUCUUCACAACACUCUCUCUUGCAGAGACAGUUAGUAUAGGCACUGCUACAUCCAUUUCCUAUAUGCUGAUUUCAUUUAUAUUCUUCAAUAUUUUCUGCACGUUUUAUGUAGAUAAUAAUAAUACCUAGCAUCUACUUGAACAUUUACAAAGUACUUUACCUAUGUUAUUGUAUUUGAUCCUCACAAAAACCCUAAAAGGCAGGUGCUAUUAUUGCCCCCACUUUACAGAUGAGGAAACUUAGGCUAAAAGAGGUUAAGUGACUUGCACAGGGUCACCCAGAUUCCAAGGAUCCUGGGGUGGGGCAAGAUUCAAACUCGAGUUCCCCUGACUACAAGUCCAGCUGUGAUCUAUGUCCUGGUCGCCUAGUGGCUCUGUAUUUCAUCCACUAAUGUCAAAGCUGGAUGUUGUUUAAAAAAAAUCAGUCUAUUAUCCCAGAUUCUAAUAAAGGAUUGUUGUUAUGUUUAUAAUCCCUUCCUUGGAAAGGCAACAAAUUCCCAGAAUUUCAAACCAAAUAGGAGGGGACCUGAAGAGGCUAAGCAUCUAUUUCCCUCCCAGGAUGUGGGUUUGUUUCCGUCCCCAGUCACAUGAUGUGGUUUGGCCCCAGCUCCUCUGGAUGACAGGUCAUGCAAUCAUGCAUUAGCUAAGUCUCUGCGAAUGAGCUGCUCAGCCCAGCCGGGCAGCAGGGAUGGCCUUGGCUCCCAGAUUCCUGAAGAUCCUUCUCCUUUUCUUAAAUUUUGGUGGAGUUCAGGUGUUGGCAACAGGAAAAUCAGCACUUGUUGAAAUAGAUAUCAAAUAUGCCCUCAUUGGGACUUUUUUGGGAGUCAUUAUCUCUGCUUGUUUUCUAGCACUAAAGAUUUGUAUGAUCAGAAGACAUAUGUUUGAUAAUAACUCUUCAGAUACAUCCACCCGGAGAAAGAGCAACACAAGAGAUGGACAAGUGAUCGAACUCUAACUGGCAGCUGUUUUCCAAUGGGGUACGAUUGGCUUGGACGAGGACUACUACUACUGUUUCCAUUGGUGCCUGUGAAUCAGCACAGAAGUUUAACAUUCAAGACAAUUAAUUCACCAGGGAUCAAAAUCAACAUGUUUACUGACAGACAAAGGAGAAGGAAAAGAUUCUUAAGUUCGAUUAUUUAAAAAAAUAAAGGAGGAAAUGCUUUCCUUCCUAAAUGAGUAUGAUGGGCAGCAUUAGGGCAAGAGUUUGAGUUGUUCUGUUAUUAAGGGGAUGGAUUUGCACUGAUCUGUGCACAUAACAUCCCCCAAUUCCUUUUAUAACCAACAGCUUACAUUUGCAAGAGGGAUCAUGGGUAUAGUCUAUUGCUAUGGAACAUGGAAAAAAAAGGAAUCAAUCAGCUCACUCCAGUAUCUACAAACUUGGCCUCAUCAGCACUGUGAUCUAACUAAUGACAUCCUCAUCUGCCUUAUAAACCGCCUUCCUUGUUGAACUAGAAUUGCAAGGGACCCUUCAAGCUAUAAAGUCUAACCCCCUCAAUCCAUAGUGGAGGAAACUAAGAUCCAUAAUAGUUAAUAGACUUUCCUAAAUUCACACAGGGAGUAUUAAGGAUGAGAUUUGAACCCAUGUUCACUGAAUCCAGAGUUAAUAUUCUUUUUACUCUAAGGAAGCACUGGUCACUUCCAAUGUCACCGAUGCUCACGUAGAGGUCAGAAGACAUACAUACAAGGAUACUCUAAGGUGUCUGGGAAGAACUUUGGUAUCAAUUGUGAGACAUGGGAGAUACUGGCAUAGGUUGGUCCAGUAUGGCAUGCUCAAGACUGCAGGAUGAGGUUGUUUCUUCCAUGAACAAAGCACAAAAGAAACUUGAGAUGUACAAAUUUAGAGACUUUUCCAUCCCAAAUGUUCAUAUAAGCUAUUUGUGCCCAACUUGUCAUAGAGCCUUCUGAGCUUUUAUUGGUCUGAUCAGCCACCAUUGGAAACACUGUUGUUUGACUGUAUGUUGACCCUAAUAGAGUGAUGCCAUUUUGGACCUCUUUGAGUACAAAGGAUAAUAGCUAAUUAAUCACAAAAUCUCCAAAACUAGAGUGGGAUGAAUGGGGCUUUUUCUCAGGGAAAAAUCAUUAGUGGGACUUAAAGUACAGCUCUUCAUCAUUGUUGAAACAUCAGAGCUUAGCACCUGAGCUAGUAAGAGGAACUAUCUAAAAUAGAAAACUAUCAGUAGGUAGGAUAGAAUAGCAAGAGCUUCGUCUUUGUCUAUCUUCACCACGCCAUGCCGCUACUAGUAGUAGCCUUGACUCCAGGGUCAGACUUUUAUCUUUCUUCUUUUUGUCUCUCAUUUGAAGCUAUGCUUCAUGCCACUUACCUAAGGCAGAAUAUUUCAAAUAUUCCUCAUUCUACCUCUGAUGGAUACUAUGUCUAUGUCAUAGGUACAUUCAGAGUUCUCAACAGCAAGAAUAUGGAAACUAAGAUAGAAGAGUAAGUAACUGGUGUAUAAUAGCAGACAGUGCUGAACUUAAAAAGUUUGAUCAUUAUUUUAUGAAAAAAUAAGAGAGAGAGAAAUAGAGGAAAGUGGCCAUGACCCUAGCAGAGGGGUAAACUUUUACCUGGAGGCAGCUAGAUGACACAGUAUAUAGAGUGCCAGUCCUGGAGUCAAGAAGACUCAUCUUCCCAAGUUCAAAUCUGGUCUCAGGCACUUACUAGCUAGGCAUGCCACUUAAUCCCACUUGCCUCAGUUAUCUCAGCUGGAGAAGGAAAGGACAAAGCAGCUUAGUAUCUUUGCCAAGAAAAAUCCAAAAUGGUGUCACAAAGAGUCAGAUAUAACUAAAAUGACUGAACAACAAACUUUUGCCCCAAAAGUACUGGACAUAUGAAUGAAAGAAGGAUGUAGUAUCCCAGAUUUAGAGUGGGUUAAGAUGUAAAUCAAACUUAUUCAUUGUACAGAUAAGGAAAUGGGCUCAAGGUAGGAGAAAUGACUUGUCCAUGGUGACAUAGUAAGUUAAUAGAUUUGUAGAUUUAGUGAUAGAAUGGGCUUUAGAGACAACUUAGUGUAAUAGCAAGACCAGGAUUCAAACCCAGGACCAAAAACUCUGAUAUUCUUUCCACUUCCUUGUGACCUAGCAAUGACAGUAUAAGAAUAUGAUGAGAAUUUUUUUUUGGUAAAAUGGCAGAAGGGUGUAGAAUGGGAAGAACUUGCCCAUGAUCUGCAAAAUGUCUCAGGCUAUGAUUUCUUUUCUCUUCCCAUUAUACUAAUCUGGUGUUUUCAGAAUGACCUACAAGUCUAUUGCAAAAACAUCAUUCAUUAUACCAGGAGGAGAAAUCUAGAGACUUCGACAUCAAUGAAUAUGUCUUCCAUUAGACACUCCUGUCUGUCUGAGGCUGUGUUCUACUCAUGCAGGAUGAAAGAUGAGCUGUAUUUCAAGGCAAAGUGUUGUAUGAUAAUAAUUCUCUGGGAUUCCCAGGGUGUCUUUUAUCUGACUUGAUAACGAUGUAGUUCAGCAGCAGCCUUUGUUAACGCAUCACCUAAAGCGGUAAUGUGAUACUUAUAAGUAAUUUUCUCUGUGUAAGAUAGAAUAAACCAUCUUGUAAGAUAUCCGUUAAUUGAUUUGCUUCCUUUAGCAGGAUUUUAAUUAAGAUCUCUGGUUUGUGAACAAGAGACACACACUUAUGAAGGAGGCCACAUGCUCGCUUAUUCUUAGAAACUGGAUUAAAAAAAAUCUAUACACAUCA